AUGACCAUCCAGCAAAUUAACCCUGCAACCGGCAAGGCGCUGGAGCCCGUCGAGCCCAACCACCUUGACGACGUGGUUGUUGCUGUCAGGCGAGUUCGUGACGCGCAAAAGGCGUGGGCGUCGCUCUCCUUCAAGGAGCGAGCACAGCACGUUGAAAAGGUAAAGCGCUUCCUCGCGGACAACGCGGAACGUGGUGCCAGCAUAAUCUCGCAGUGUAGUGGUAAGACACGACACGACGCGCUCGCCACGGAGAUCCUGCCAGGUGUGAUGGCAUGCGACUGGUAUGCCAAGAACACAGCCAGCGUCCUCGCACCGCAGAAACUGUCGUGUGGAAACAUUCUCUUCGCCAACAAGUCGAACACACUGCAGUACAUCCCCGUUGGCGUUGUCGGCAUCAUCUCGCCGUGGAACUUCCCCUUUGCGAUUCCCUUUAGUGAGAUACUCAUGGCGCUGAUGGCCGGAAACGGUGUCGUGCUGAAGGUGGCGACGCCGACGACGCACGUUGGUUACUUCAUCGAGGAGUGCGUCAGCGCCGGUGGCUUCCCGCCCGGCCUCUUUGUCCACGUCGUGCUGCCGGGCGGGGACAUUGGCCCUGCGAUGCUGAACGCCGGCGUCGACAAGCUCUUCUUCACCGGCAGCGUACGUGUCGGCAAGGAGCUCAUGGCCCUCGCCGCGCAGACACUGACGCCGGUGUCGCUGGAACUCGGAGGCAACGAUCCAAUGAUUGUGUUGGCCGACGCCGCGGUGGAGCGGGCGGUGAACUGCGCGCUGUGGGCGGGUUUUCAGAACGCCGGGCAAGCCUGCGCCGGUGUCGAGCGCGUCUACGUGCAUGAGUCUAUCUACGACGCGUUCCUCGCGCAGCUGUGCGCCAAGACACGGGCGCUGCGGCACGGGCCUGACGUUGACUUCAACGUGGACAUUGGCGCCGUGACGACAAAGUCGCAGUGGCAGACGAUCAAGGAGCACGUGGAGGACGCCGUUGCGCAUGGUGCAUGCAUCGCCGCACAGAGCACGGCGACCGGCAGCGUGUCGCGCGGCCUUUUCUACCCCGCCACGGUGCUAACCGGCGUGACCGCUGACAUGCGUGUGAUGCGUGAGGAGACGUUUGGCCCCGUUCUGCCGGUUGUGCCGUUUGCGACGGAGGCGGAGGCGGUUGCCAUGGCGAAUGACUGCAGCUUCGCGUUGACCAGCAGCGUUUUUUCCAGCAGCAGUCGUAACGCCCGCCGCGUGGCAGAGCAGCUCCAGAGCGGUGUUGUUAGCAUCAACGAUCACCUCUACUCGCACGGCGUCAGUGAGGCGCCGUGGGGCGGGUGGAAGAACAGCGGCAUUGGCCGCACACAUGGUGCGCUGGGGCUGCGGGAAAUGUGCAACGUGCGCUGCAUCAACGAUGACCGCGCCCCAAGUUGNGCGGCAUUGGCCGCACACAUGGUGCGCUGGGGCUGCGGGAAAUGUGCAACGUGCGCUGCAUCAACGAUGACCGCGCCCCAAGUUGGAUGCUGCACCGCAAUCUGUGGUGGUUCCCGCAGAGCCGUGAGUCAUACGACAUGCUGUUGCACGCGGUUGCGCUGGUGGCGCCACGGAACAUAUUUCACCGCAUGGCCAGCGCCAUCUCGCUGUUGA